GGUAACCACUCACCAUCAGGUGGGCCGUAUGCUCGUCUGCCUACAAAGGCAAUAAAAAAAAAGUAAAAACAUAAACACAUACAAAAAUACACGUACUCCAAUAAAUGCAUUAAAUACAUUGAACACACACGUACCUAUACCUAAAAAUACAUACAUACGAUACAUAAAUUGAAAUAUGUAUAGCUCAUACAAUAUUAUUUAAUUUUUCACCUCUUAUUAAAUAUAAAUCCGGCGAUAUUUUAUACGUAAUAAAAAAAAAACAUUGAAGAGGUUUUCGUUGGAUGCAAUAGUCAUAGUUACAUUACAUAAUAUGUAUACGCAGGAGGAACUGCCUCAAUAAAUUAUCACUUUACAGAUGAAUUAAAAUAUUUUAUUACUAAGCCACGGAUAUUGAAAACAAAAACCAAAUUGCCUUCAGUAACUUCCAUCCUCUCACCUCCAAAGGCAAAAUCUAAUCUGAGCAGUACAAACUCGUGGAGGCUUAUCGAGCAUCUGAUGAGUGUCCUAAAGAACGACUCGAGCAAUAAAAGCGAACAACAUAAAAUAUCGUUCAUGAAAGAUUGGAAUAGUCUUAACUUGGAUAAUAACAAAAGCGUAUACCUAUUGCCAAAUUUGUCUUUAUAUAAUACGGUUAAAAUUAUUCCAAACCUACAAGUUGUAACGACGCUUCCUAUAGAGACUUACAUCGAUUCCAAGUUUCUUAGCCAAACAGAAAAAACUAUUACAUUGCAAUUCACUAAGCCUAUGCCCCCAAAGAAUAAAACUGAAAUAUACAAUAGCGUUUUAAAUCGAGAAUCUAGUUUUGAAAAUAUGGAAACUACGUCGGCUUACUCUUCAGAAAUAUAUGUUCCUGAUAUCGAAGACGACACGGGUGACUAUUUUUUAAUAUCAAAAGAAAAGUUGAAAAAUUCCCUAACAAGCAUCAUUUUCAUUUCAGACAUCGAAUCAAAUUCAUCAUCGAAUGAUUCUUUAUUCAAUCAUACCGGAUAUAAAAGUACAAAACCAGCGGUAGGAUCACUUGUUGAUCAUAAAUCAUGGGAAAAUUUAGUACAAGUUGCUCCUGCCAUAGCCGAUGUAUUAAACCAGACAAAUCAAAUUAAUACUACAGUACCUUCUAUAUUAAAGCGUGAUAGAAGAUUUAUAAAGCUAAUCGAUGUGGAAAAUGCUCGUCCGUACGUUAUAAAAGAGAAGACUGUCGAUGUUGAAUUAACGAACAUGUCCAAUGAAGAUUCAUACGACACGCAAAGUAAUCAGGGAUAUUUGGAAAUAGCAGAUGUUGAGAACUCUGGCCGUUUGGCUUUACGCCAACUAAGUCACUCUUUGGGUGCACUAAAGCUAAACAUAUGUGAUAGUAGCGAAUCGACGUCUAAGUUAAUCUAUUUGUUUAAUUCAUCGAAAAUCGUCAUUGCCAUAGAUAAUUUCACGAUGGACUAUAUGACGCUAGUGUUAACUCCUGCCCGUGCUUUAUCAGAUAUGAAUUCAAGGUGUCCCAAUACACAAAUGGAAUGUCAUGUUUAUGGUACCCGAAUAUGCAUAGAUACAAGUUCUAUGUGUGAUGGAGUGCCGAAUUGUGGUUCUUAUGAUAUUUACGAUGAAGAUCGUUUGUUGUGUCGAUCAACUGGUUUUGAACAUAACAUGUAUCUUGCUUCAUUUACUUUACUGGCAGUUUUAUUUACGGCAUUGUACAUUGUACAGUAUUGGAUCAAGAAAUGUGUACCUAGUGUUUCUGAGGCCUUUUUUGUGUACUCGAACGGCGAAGAAAACAUGUUAUUACUGAAAAGUGUAAUGCGAUCUCCUAAUGAAAUCGACAAUGAUUCCAAACUGGUAUAUCUUGGUCAUCCAGAAGAUGAUUUAAUGUAUGAUGGUGAUCAAGAUGGAAACAAAAAGAAAAAAACUUGUAUUAGAUUGUUAAUUGACUUUUUUUGCUGUAAAUAUCUCCGACAUAAAUUUAAAUCGAUAGAAAAUAGUGAUAUCAUGGUGUCAGGCCUAUCAAACGACAACAUGAAAGCGAAGAAAAGGUUUUCUUUUACCGAGUUUGAGAUACGAAAGAUGUUAGGAAUUCCAUCAGUUAAUACCGGAGUCCAAACGGAAAAUGGCAUGGCAUUGAAAGAUUUUCAGAACACUCAAUUUAAGAAAAAUGAUUUGAAGCCUCUAGAAUGUUCAGUUUCAGAAAAUUUGGUACUGUCGGAUGAAUAUUCAUUUUUAGACCCAGAUAAUUUUAAUUGCCAAGUUAAUGAUGAAGAAUUAAACGUUUUAAAAUUCUUUCAAGCGUCAAAGCCUUCAACGUCGAAGACUCAUUCAGUCAGUUCAGUAAACAUAAAUUCAAAAUUCAAAAAAGUACUUGAAGAAGCCGAACUUAAAUGCUAUGAGUAUGACAAUUUAAAUCAAUCCUUGAAUGACAACAGUCCCACUUCUAGCUCCUUUUUAUCAAAUGCUCAAGUACACGAAGGUAGUUCGGAGCGAAGAAGUAAGCAUUUACGUUUUCAAGAUAGUCUGUCAAUUAUAUCAGAAUCGACAGGGCUUGAUGAAAACAAAAUUAGGCGUCAACAUAAACUGGAGAGAUCGAAGCGUUUAAGCGAUUUGGAAACAAUUCAAGAAAAUAAUGAAUCAAACGAGAACAAAGACAAAACAUAUUUCUGGAAAACAAAGUCGAAGAAGAAAAGGCGUGACUGAAUUCUAAACUAUUUAUUAUAUUACCAUUAUCAUUUUAUCAACUUUUGCUGCAUUAAGUUUUAAUGUUACAAAUUCAGAAAUAAAGACGGACAUCGUAUGUCACAAUCGCAUCACACCGCCAUUUCCUAAUUAAGAUCAAUUGUCCACCGGAUAGGACACGUGCCAAAAUGUGUCUUUAUAGCGGCAUUCCGUCAUCGUGCCUGUUAUAAUCAGAGUAACUUCUGUCUAGUUCAAAUAAUAAUAAUAAUAAUCGGGGGCGAGUCACACACGGUCACCUCGUACGAAACUUAAGAUUCCCUGUACUAUGGGAACCAGAGACUAAUAUACAUACUAUUAUAAUAUACU